AUGAGUCCAGAUGUACAGGACUCCAAAGGUUCAUUGGGAGACGAGGAGAACAAGGGAGUGGUUCCAUCAGCACCACCACUGCCCCAAGAAGCUCCACCAUCUGGGACUCCUCCGUGUCCCAGGCCGAGGUUAGUGUUCCACUCCCAACUGGCUCACGGAAGUCCGACGGGCCGCAUUCAUGGGUUCACCAACGUGAGGGAACUCUACGGCAAGAUCGCAGAGGUCUUUAACAUCUCAGCUUCUGAGAUCCUUUUCUGCACGCUGAAUUCCCACAAAGUGGACAUGCAGAAACUUCUAGGAGGUCAGAUCGGACUGGAGGACUUUAUCUUCGCCCAUGUGAGGGGAGAGACCAAAGAGGUGGAAGUCAUUAAAACAGAAGAUGCCCUUGGUCUGACCAUCACAGAUAAUGGAGCAGGAUAUGCUUUCAUUAAAAGGAUAAAGGAAGACAGCACCAUUGACCGAAUAAAAACAGUGUGUGUUGGAGAUCAUAUCGAGGCCAUUAAUGACCAGAGCAUUGUGGGAUGUCGACAUUAUGAAGUUGCUAAAAUGCUGAAGGAGCAGCUGAGGGGAACACCCUUCACCCUGCGCCUGGUGGAACCCAAGAAAGCAUUUGACAUGAUUGGCCAGAGAACGCGAGCACCCAAAUCCAGCGAGGGCAAAAUGGUAAGCGGGAAAGAGACUCUUCGUCUGCGUUCUAAAGGAGCAGCGACGGUCCAGGAAAUGCCCAGUGAGUUUGAAGACAAGGCUAUAAGGAAGGUUGACGACCUUUUAGAGAGCUACAUGGGGAUCAGGGACCAAGAGCUCGCGACCACUAUAGUUGAAGCUGGGAAGGACAAGAGGAACCCGGACGAUUUUGCAGAGGCGCUUGACUCCGUACUGGGAGACUUCGGCUUUCCUGAUGUCUUUCUGUUUGAAGUUUGGGGCGCUAUUGGAGAUGUCAAGAAUGGAAGAAUUUAGAGCUGUGGUUGAUUUGUGACGUCUGCCAUGUGAUUUCAUAUACAAGCCUCCCGAUUCUUGAGUUGAUCCAGAGGAGUGGAGAAUGUCAAGGUGUUACUGACGAAACGGCAGACUUAAUCAUUCCAGUGUGUAGAGAAAUAAGAAG